UUUUUACUUGCUCUUGACUCUGUUAUCUUCUUGAUUGGCCAUUUAUUGUAUUUGUUUACAAUCCAUAUUUGCAGAACUUGGUCCAUACACACUGGAUUUUACUUCAAGUGGCCGGUACAUGGCUGUGGGUGGUCGAAAGGGCCAUCUAGGAAUAGUGGACAUGAUAAAUUUGAGCCUAAUUAGAGAGCUUCAGGUAAGGGAAACAGUGCGUGAUGUGGUAUUCUUGCACAAUGAGCUCUUUUUCGCUGCUGCACAGAAAAAGUAUCCAUACAUCUAUAAUCGAGAAGGCACUGAACUUCACUGCCUUAAGGAACAUGGUCCGGUGUUGAGGCUUCAGUUUCUGAAAAACCAUUUUCUCUUGGCUACACUCAAUAAGUUUGGGCAGCUUCGCUAUCAGGAUGUUACAAUGGGUUCAAUGGUUGGUAAUUUUCGAACUGGCUUAGGACGUACAGAUGUGAUGCAAGUAAACCCCUUCAAUGGAGUUGUUUCUUUAGGUCACUCAGGUGGUACUGUCACCAUGUGGAAGCCGACCAGUUCUGCUCCUCUUAUCAAGAUGCUAUGUCAUCAGGGGCCUGUUUCAGCGCUGGCAUUUCACUCAAAUGGCCACUUGAUGGCCACUGCAGGAAAAGAUAAAAAAGUCAAGCUUUGGGACUUAAGGAAAUUUGAAGUUCUUCAAACCUUACCUGGUCAUGCAAAUACUCUGGAUUUUAGUCAGAAGGGUUUACUUGCUUGCGGUAAUGGCUCAUUGAUCCAGGUUCUGCGAGAUGUUUCUGGUACACAAAAUUAUUCCAGGUACAUGACUCAUUCCAUGGUGAAAGGUUACCAGGUAGGAAAAUUAAUAUUUCGACCAUAUGAAGACGUUUUAGGUAUAGGGCAUUCCACGGGUUGGUCUAGUAUUCUUAUUCCAGGAGCUGGAGAACCCAACUUUGACUCAUGGGUUGCAAACCCGUUCGAAACUUCCAAACAGAGAAGAGAAAAGGAAAUACGGGCUCUACUUGAUAAGCUUCCCCCCGAGACUAUCAUGUUGAAUCCCAGCAAGAUUGGAACGGUGAAACCAAAAAGAGAGAAGCCAACAAAACAAGAGAGGGAGGCUGAGGUGGAAGCUGCUGUUGAAGCUGCUAAGGGCAUGAAACUGAAGAAGAAGACAAAAGGAAGAAACAAACCUGGUAAAAGGGUACAGAAAAAGCAAGAGGCACUUAGUAGAGUUAAGAGGCCCUACUUGGAGCAGAAAAUUCAAGAAGAGGAAAACAUGUCAAGAAAGAAGCAGAAAACUAGUGAGGGUGUUGAACUACCAAAAUCUUUACAACGGUUUGCUCGUAAAAAAGCAUCAUCGUGAUCUAACUUUCCAGUAGCCUUGUAUUCUAUAUUACUGUUCUCCCUUUGAUUAUAAGCUUGUAUUUGUUUGUUGCCCUUCUUCAUAUUGUAGCCCUUUGUAGUAUCGAAGUUGGUGUUUUUGUGCCCUUAAUUAAAGGGCAUAUCCAAAUUUUGCUCAGAGACCUCUUGAUUAGAAUU